AUGCUAAGCUUCAUUGGCUUUCUGCCCGCUGGAUACUACGCGCCUGCCAUUCCUCAGAUGCGAGCAGAGUUUGGCGUCAGCUUGUUUCGCGCGACGCUCGGCAUCGUCAUGUAUCCGGUAGGCUUUACUGUCGGGCCGCUUCUAGCUGCUCCACUCUCUGAACUGUAUGGUCGGCGCAUCAUCUACAAAGUAUGUCUGCCACUGGUCGUGCUUUCAUGCCUCGGUAUGGCCAAAGCCAGAUCGUUUGAUAUGUUUCUCGUCUUUCGCUUCUUCUCCAGUCUCUUCAUCUCUGGACCUUUUACCGUGGCAGGUGGUACGAUUAGUGAUAUGUGGCCGGCCAGAAUACGCGCUCCAGCCGUCAUUUUGUAUGCAACAGGAGGCAAUGUUGCAGCAGCGUUUGGGCCAGUCUUGGGUGGAAUUGUGUGCUACUACACGACCUGGCAUUGGAUCUUUUGGAGUCAAAUGAUUUACGUUGGCGUGCUUUUCGUUCUUGUCUGGUUCUUUGUGCCAGAGACGUACACACCCAAGAUCUUUGCCAUCACCGACAAGAGUGUCGGCACAGCAAGGCAAAAGAUCAUCACUGCCAUGAGUCGGCCAGUCGUCAUGAUCUUCACAGAGCCUAUUGUGGCGGCCGUCUCUGCCUAUCUCGCAUUCGUCUAUGGUCUCAUGUUUUGCUCGUUUUCUGCAUACCCAAUACAAUUCAAGGAGUCUCGCGGCUGGAACACAAGAGACGCGUCUCUCCCAUUCCUUGGUAUCGUUGCCGGUAUUUUCAUUGCCGUGGCCAUGUCUCCCUUCUUCAUCAGGCUCUACCGUAAGAAUCCUGUGCCAGAAUCUCGACUAUACAAUGCAUGUCUCGGCGCCAUCUUGCUGCCCAUCAGCCUCUUCUGGUACGGUUGGACGUCAGAUCCAAGCAUACCAGCCAUCGCUUCCGUCACUGCCGGUGUCGGCAUUGGGUGCAGUCUGCUCCUCUUGUUUCUUGGCAUCACGGACUUGCUCGUUGAGAUUUACACGCCACGCGGAAUUGCGGCGAGUGCCCUUGCAGCGAAUGGUGCACUUCGAACAAUUGCAGCUGCUGUGUUUCCCUUGUUCUCCAAUCAGAUGUUUCACAAGCUAGGUACGAAUUGGGGAGCAUCAUUGCUGGGUUUCAUUGCAAUUCUCAUGCUGCCGAUACCUUUUGUGCUGUUGCGUUAUGGUGCAAGUAUCAGGGCAAAAAGUCGUCUUGCGCAGCCAUUGUAG